AUGUCCCAAAUCCAACCCCUAAAAACAACUGCAAAUCCCCAACGCCAUUCUCAAUCCCAAAUCCAACUCCCAACCUCAACCCUCUACUCAAUCGACACCCUCCUAAACAUCCUUCAAAAGUCCCUCCUAAACCCCUUCGUCGCCUGGAUCCUCGUCCUCUGUCUCCGCGCCCAAGUGACACCCCUAUCUCACCCAUCCUGGAUCCUAACAGUCACCUACGCAACCUCCCUAACGAUCCUGUGGGUCCUGCGAACAAUCAACCAGCGCGUCGCGUAUGGGGUGCAGCGCACUGUCGAUUUCGAAAAUGAGGUGGUGGUGAUUACUGGGGGAGCUAGUGGGUUGGGGUUGUUGAUUGCGCAGAAUUAUGGGAUGCGCGGGGCUAGUGUUGCUGUUUUGGAUGUGAGGGAUUUGGGGGAGGAGGGUGUUGAGGAGGUUUUUGGGGCUGGGGUUUUGUAUAUUCGUUGUGAUGUUGGGGAUAGGGCCGAGGUGGAAGGCGCGAAGGGAAGGAUUGUUGAUGAGCUGGGGACGCCGACUAUUGUUAUCAACUGUGCCGCCGCCAGGAUCAAUGGCCUUCCAUUGCUGGAUUUACCGACGGAUGCGUUUGAGAAGACUAUCCGCACCAAUCUCUUGGCGGGGUUCCAUCUCUACCAAGUGUUCCUGCCUGGAAUUCUGGAAUCGGAAGGUGGAGGCACACUCGUUACGGUCAGCUCGGUGCUGGGUCGAUUGACGGCCGCCGGACUAUCGGACUAUGCAGCAAGUAAAGCAGGACUUAGUGCGCUGCAUAAAACAAUAGAAGCGGAGAUGCGCGGCAAUCCGCUAGUGAAGACAUUGCUAGUGGAGAUAGGGCAGAUGUCAACACCGCUAUUUGGCUGGGUCCGCGCACCGAACCAUUUCUUUGCGCCUGUCUUGGAACCGGUCCAAGUUGCCCGCGAGAUGGUGACUGCGAUUGAUAGCGGUCGAGGUGGUGUAAUCAGAUUGCCUUUGUAUGCGGCACUCGUGGAUUGGUAUGCCGUGCUACCAGCUGCGCUGCAGCGGAUUGCGAGGUAUGUGAGUGGGAUCGAUGCUGCCGUGACUCAAAGCCGGGAAGCAUCUCGGAAGACAGAGUGA